AUGCUACAAAAACUGAAUCAUGUUGGUCCCUCUCUGGCCGUAAAAUUCUAUGAGAAGUGGUGCUUAUGUUCACAAGGUCCAUUCAUCGAGGUAUUCGAUUAUUCGAAUGGAUCUAGCAUUAACCGCUGUCAUAUUUUCCAUAGAAACAAAGUUCAUGGUAUUAGCAUAGAUAAGACAUCUGGAAAUGUGUUGGUUUACGGUUCAAGAUCCUUUUCAAUCGUCAAUAUAAAUGAUCUCUUUUCGAAAAGUGAAGUGCUUGACCAGGAGAAAAUGACUGGUGAAUGGAUCAUGAGCGGUGAGUUUAGCUUCAAUAAAGAAGAAAUAUAUCUUUUAACCAGUUACAACAGAGUUCUGAUCAUCGAUCCAGAUAACUUCACUGUUAAAAGUACUCAUUUUGUGGAAGGUGAACGGUCGAUUUUAUAUUCUGGUUCCAUAAAGGUUCUUCGCCAUAAGGUUCUCGUAAAUGCUGGAACAAUCAUGAAUGGUAUUAUAGUAUGGGAACUAGACUCAAAGAAGAAAAUACACACUCUGCGUGGUCAUGAAGGUUCUAUCUUUUAUGUGACUACUAGUAAUAAUGGGAAACUUCUAGCCAGUUGUUCUGAUGACCGUUCCAUAAUUAUUUGGGAUAUGGUUUCUGGAAAGCUUUUAUCAAGGGCUUGGGGCCAUACAGCGAGGAUAUGGAAUUUAAAGUUCUUCAAUGAUGAUACACAGCUCAUCAGCGUUUCAGAGGAUUGUACAUGCAGAGUCUGGAACUACAAGAACGAUGAAUUAACUAUAAAAGAUAUUUUCGAGAGUCAUCUAACUAAGAAUGUGUGGGGGGUUGAUGUGGAGGAAACCAAUCUAAUUGCUAUAAGUGGAGGAAACGAUGGUCGGUUAAAAGUUACGGAACUUGUCCCGCAUAAUAGAUCAUGCAAUAUUGAACUUUCUCUGGAAAGCAUCUCAGAACAAUGCGACGGUUUCAUUCAUAAAGCCAAUGAAAUUGUAAAAGGUUUCCACUGGUUUGAUUUUGGUUUAGUUUUAAUCACAUCGGAAGGUAACAUACUUGAAUACCUUCAAAAUAUAGAGGAAUGGAAGUUCUUAGAUUAUGACGAUCGAUUUUUCAGUUUUUCUAUUACCCAAGGAAACGAAAACACCAUCUUCUUCAUGAACAACAAAUGCUUAUUGACAUCGUUUAAAUUUGAUAAAUUCGGUUCUGUGUUGCAAAAAGUCGACUAUGAACUAGAACUUCUUACUAAAACGGUAAACUGCUUAUCAGUAAGACACACUGCUCAUUUCUACCUUAUAAUUGAAUCGCCGAAUCCUAGAGACCCACUGUUGAUGUUAAAAUUCAACCAUGGUUCCUGUGCUCCAACAGAAAGGUAUACGUUUUCUAAACCUGAAAACAUGAUAUCAAGUUGCGCAGAAGUUCAUAAUAAUCGCUUACUGGUGGGUGCAAGAUUCAGCUUGGCAUUUAUCUUCGACCUUGCAUCAGAAACGAAACCUCCAAUUGUGGUUAAAACUCAAGCAGCUGAUGCAAUAACUUCUAUUAACUAUUUGGAAACCACAGAGAAUGAUGCAUUAUUCUCAAUGACUAACAGAGAUGGAACUUAUUUCUUUGUUGCUGUAGACUUCAGAAGCUCUGUGUACAAAACAAUACACGCCAAUAAAAUUAGCCGAGGUUUUUUGGAAGGUUCAUUUUAUGAUUCAAAUGAUGAUUUCUUCGUCUACGGAUUUAAGUCUAACUUGUUCCAUAUUUAUAACGAAUCCCAACAAUAUGAAGUAUUCAGCCAACCAUGUGGCGGAGCACAUAGGCAAUGGAAGCUUUUUGGAUCUCAAGAGCAACAACAGGUGCUCUGUUUUGUGAAAAAUUCUACCCUCAACAUUACUAAGAUACCCAAAGGCAAAUACCCAGGAGCUUUAAAAAAUGGAACUCAUGGAAGGGAAAUAAGGGAUAUCUCAUUCCGAAAACGCUCAAACUAUUGUAAGGAAAACCUACUAUUUAUUACUGGAUCAGAAGACACAACAGUUAAAUUGUCUUCUAUCAAUUCAGAAACCGGAGCUAUUCAAAAUUUCUGGACUCUGAAAUCUCAUGUGUCCGGCUUACAACGAUGCAAAUUCAUCUGUGACAAUUUUUUCAUUACGUGUAGUGCAAGGGAAGAGCUAUUCUUAUGGGAAUUGAAUGAUCAAUUCUCUCAUCCAUAUGUGAAUUUGAAACAGAAACUAAUCCCUUCUAUGAACAAUCCAGACCUUCGGAUAAUGGAUUUCGAUGUGCUAUUUUUGAAUGGUGACACUUGCGAUUUCAUAAUGGCUACAGUAUACAGUGACAGUUCAGUGAAAGUAUGGCACUACUUUAACGAGCAAAAUUCUUUCACCUUGAUCAUAGAUGGAAGAUAUGAAACCUGUUGUAUCUGGAACGUUGCUUUCAUUCCGUUACAGAAUUGCUUGAAACUUCUGAUUGCACCAACAGAUGGUCAUUUAAUUACAUGGGACAUCACUAAUUCCGUUCCGUUCGAGAUAAGGAAUAAUGAGCUUUUUGACAGGGGCCUCAAAUUGGAAACAAAACAAUUACAAAACUGGUCCGAAAAAAUCCUGGUACACACAGCAGGUAUCAAAUCACUCGACGUGAAGCUUGACAAGUCUUCGGAUUCAUUCAAAGUAUAUUCUGGGGGUGAUGACAAUGCUGUAGCCAUCACUAAAUUUACGAACAAUGACAACUACACGAUGAAAGCCGAAAUACUAGAUCACGAUUCGUAUGCUGCUUCAUCAACAGUAACAUCAGUGAAUCUGUUAGAUAAUGACACAAAAUUAUUGGCUACAUCAGUGGACCAGGUCAUAAGAAUUAGGGACAUUACGAAUGACAAACUGAAAAUAACGGAGAGCAAAUAUACCACAGUAGCAGAUACCGGUUCCAGUGAUAUAGUUACGUUACCAAACGUCCAGAAAACACUUAUAUUAAUAGGAGGAUUAGGACUUUCCUGUUGGCGAGAUGAAUAA